CGCUGGGAGUAAACAGGGAGGCGGCGCUUGGGUGGCGGGAGGACUCUCUUGCAGCCCGCGUGCGGCGGGCGAUGCUGGGGGAUAUCCUGGGGGCCCGGGAGCGCGAGGCGGAGGGCGAUGCGGCAGGGGCUGUGCCUGCGCCGCCUGCCAUCGACUUCCCGGCCGAGGGCUCGGAACCCAAGUAUGAUGAAUCUGAUGUUCCCGCAGAACUCCAGGUGCUGAAAGGACCCCUACAGCAGCCGACCUUCCCUUUUGCAGUUGCAAACCAGCUGUUGCUGGUUUCUCUGCUGGAACACUUGAGCCAUGUGCACGAACCAAACCUGCUUCAUUCAAGACAGGUGUUUAAAUUACUUUGUCAGACCUUUAUCAAAAUGGGGCUGCUGUCAUCCUUCGCGUGUAGUGGUGAGUUUAGCUCCUUGAGGCUACAUCACAGCAGAGCUAUUAUGCACUUAAUGAGGUCAGCUAAGGAGAGAGUUCGUCAGGGUCCUUGUGAGGAUAAUUCUCAUAUCCAGAAGAUCAGAUCAAGGGAAGUAGGCUUUGAAGCACAAACUUCACGUUACUUGAAUGAAUUUGAAGAGCUUGCCAUCUUAGGAAAAGGUGGAUAUGGAAGAGUCUACAAGGUCAGGAAUAAAUUAGAUGGUCAGUACUAUGCAAUUAAAAAAAUCCUGAUUAAGGGUGCAACUAAAACAGAUUGCAUGAAGGUACUACGGGAAGUUAAGGUGCUGGCUGGUCUUCAGCAUCCUAAUAUUGUAGGCUAUCACACUGCCUGGAUAGAACAUGUUCACAUGGCCCAAAGGCAAGCAGAUAGAAUUUCUAUUCAGUUGCCGUCUCUGGAAGUGAUCUCUGACCAGGAGGACCCCAGAGAUCAGUGUGAUGUUAAAAGUGAUGAAAGUAACAGCUCAUCCAUUAUCUUCGCCGAAUUCACCCCAGAAGAAGAAAAAUCCUUGGGAGAAUCUGGCGUUGAAAAUCAGAAUAAUAGAUUGGUGAACUACGGCGCCAGUGUAGUCACAAGAGAUGCCAGUGAAUUUGAACCGUCCCUUGAGCCCCAAGAAAAAGGUGUGGCUGACCAGUCUUCCAGAUCGAUUGUUGGGCAUCGGGUGCCACUUCGGCGUAAUUCAGACCUAGAAGAGAAUUUCGCAUCCACGGAGGAAUCUUCUGAAGAAAACUUAAACUUGUUGGGGCAAAUGGAGGUGCAGUACCACCUGAUGCUGCACAUCCAGAUGCAGCUGUGUGAGCUCUCGCUGUGGGACUGGAUCACGGAGAGGAACCAGCAGAGCUGGGAGAGCAUGGAUGAAUCCGCAUGUCCUUAUGUUAUGGCCAGUGUUGCAACAAAAAUUUUUCAAGAAUUGGUGGAAGGUGUGUUUUACAUACAUAACAUGGGAAUUGUACACAGAGAUCUAAAGCCCAGAAAUAUUUUUCUUCAUGGCCCCAAUCAGCAAGUAAAAAUAGGAGACUUUGGCCUGGCCUGUGCAGACAUCAUACAGAACACAGACUGGGCCAAUGGAAAUGGAAAGAGAACACCCACACAUACCUCCAGAGUGGGCACUUGCCUGUAUGCUUCCCCUGAGCAGUUGGAAGGAUCCGAGUAUGAUGCCAAGUCAGAUAUGUAUAGCUUGGGUGUUAUCCUGCUGGAGCUGUUUCAGCCGUUUGGGACAGAAAUGGAGCGAGCACAUGUUUUAACGGGUUUAAGAAGUGGACAGAUCCCCGAGUCCCUCAGUAAAAGGUGUCCCGUCCAAGCCAAGUACAUCCAGCACUUAACCAGAAAGAACUCAUCCCAGAGGCCGUCUGCUGUUCAGCUGCUGCAGAGUGAACUGUUCCAAAAUUCUGGAAACGUUAAUCUCACCCUACAGAUGAAGAUACUAGAGCAAGAAAAAGAAAUUGAAGAACUAAAGAAGCAGCUAAGUCUCCUCUCUCGAGACAAAGAGGUUAAGAGGGUGACUUGAAAGACGGGGGGUGUGCCCGUCUAGCCUCAAUAGGCUCUGUAAAUAUGAGAGUGGACUUUUUAAGCUAAAUAGUCAACUGGAAUGUAAAUUUUCAAUCUUUAUUAGGGUAUGGCUGGUAUAACUAAUUGUAUUUAGUAAGCCUGUAUAAGACUUAUUAAAGUGAGGUUGUGAAAGUACCUUUUAAGGCUGGCAUUUUGAACCUAAGACUGCUUGAAACGAAACCUGUUCUGUUCUUGCCUUUCUCCUACCCCACACGCUCCUUUUCCUGGACUUCUCACUUUAAUAUUAACAUCCAUCCCGUCUCUGAAAGUGAAAGUGUAGGCCUCAUCCUCAGCUGUUCUUUCUCUUUUGAACUCUGCCUGUUGACCACCAAGUCCUCCUCUAGGUUCUACUGCAGAGACCUAAGUGUGCUCUGGACCCAUCACUGCCCAAGCCCAGGCCCACGCACUAGCUGCACCGUUCCAGGUUGACGGCUGCUGGCCUUCCUACCCUCCACACUGCGCUGUUCCCACGGGCUCCCUCCUUCCUCACAGACUUGCUUCUCCCCAAGUCUACAUUCCUCAAAGGCAGUGAUAUGGUACGUUCAUAUUUGUACCCCAGUGUGCCUGCCACGUAGCUGGCAAUUGUCACGGUAUAUUGCAUACAGUGUUGCUGGAUUUUAAAUAAAAUGAAAACCACAAA